UAUAUAUGUCCUGUCUUCACUCUGCAGCCGGGGAGAGACCCUCUACAUCAGGAGAACCUGAACAACACCAGAUGAAACGCAGAACGAGGCAGAAAAAGACCCACCGAUGCCCAGAUUGUGGGAAAUGCUGCCAGACGUUAUCGGCGCUACAAAUACACAUGAGAACCCACACAGGAGAGAAGCCUUAUACCUGCUCUGAGUGUGGGAAGGGCUUCACUCAUCAAUGUAGUUUGAGAUGCCACCACCAGAAGAAACAUUCUGAACAGAUUAAAACUGACCCGGAUGACAAGAUUGGCUGCUGUUGUGGACAAGAGUUCUCCUCAAAGAAUGUUCUGGAGGUUCACUUGAAGACAAACACUGGAGACAAGCCUUACACCUGCUGUGUGUGUAAGAAGACCUUUACUCAUAAAGCAUUACUGAAAGUACACCAGCGAUCCCACACAGGAGAGAAGCCUUUCUCUUGCUCUCUGUGCGAGAAGAGUUUUACUCAAAAAGGAAAUUUGACAACACACGAGAAGUCGCACGCCGGAGAGAAACACCCUUGCUCAGUCUGUGGAAAGAGUUUCACUCAGAAAGGCUAUCUGAAGAUUCAUCAGCGGCUUCACUGUUCCGAAGGGGAGUUGAGUUCCUCUGUAUCAAGAGCACUUGAACACCGACAGAGGAGAGCUAAGGCGACUCACAGAUGCCCAGACUGUGGGAAGGAGUUCCCUCAAACGUAUUACCUGGACAGACACAUGAGAACACACACAGGAGAGAGGCCUUACCAGUGCUCUGUGUGUGGGAUGAGGUUCACGCAGAAAGGAAAUUUAAAAACGCAUCAGAAAGUGCACACAGGAGAUUAUCCCUCCAGCUCCUGGUCCACUGGUGAGGGGAGUCCCUGUACAUCGGGAGAAGCUGAACAACACCAGGAGAACCACGCCGACGUCACAUCUCACGGCUGCCUCGUGUGCGGCGAGGAACACUCUAACCUCCCGGAACUACACAAACACAUGAGAUCUCACUCGGGAGAAAAGCGCCUCGUCUGCCCUGUGUGUGGCAAGACUUACCCCAGAGAAUUUGACCUCAAAGUCCACCUCAGAACACACACAGGAGAGAAACCCCACGAGUGCAUCGAAUGCGGCAAGAGCUUUGUUCGUAAACAAGGGCUCCGGCAGCACCAGCGGACACAUGACGCCAAGCCCAUCGGACCGACCCGCCAGUUAGGCAGGCCAAAGCACUUAACCAGGGCUCAAAUGUCCAAGAAAGUGCCGAAAAUGGAGAGUGAUACAGAGAUGCAGGACUGCCAAGUACUAUGACAAUUAACCGCGACUUUCUCUUUAGUAGGUAGGAGUUCUUCUUCUCGCUGAAGCUGUGUCUGUGUUGUCGCCAUCUCUGAUCAGUUAGAUAAUCAUGCUAACUCUCACUCAUCUCAUCAAUCAACAUAUUAUGAUCA